AUGACGUCGUCCGGUUCCCUCCUGUGGGCCGUCGACAUCUUCGGCAGGGUCUACACCCUCUCGACGGCGGGCCAGUACUGGGAGCUCUGCAAAAACGGGCAGCUGGAGUUCAAGAGGGUGUCCGCCGUCAAGGAAUGCUGCUGGGGGAUCGCGUGCGACCAUCAGGUGCACGUCUAUGUCCACUCCGGCGACGUCCCGAUCAGGUACCAGGAAGAAACCUACGAGAACCAGCGCUGGAACCCCGUGAUCGGCUUCUGCGAGAAACUCCUGCCGAGCGACCGCUGGCAAUGGAGCGACGUGAGCGGCCUGAAGCACCAGAAGCUCGACAGCUUCGCGCUGCCAUCCCCCCAUUGGGAGUGGGAGUCUGACUGGUACGUGGAUGAGAAUUUUGGAGGGGAGCCCACAGAGAAAGGGGGCUGGACAUACGCCAUCGACUUCCCUGCCACCUACAUGAAAGACAAGAAGUGGAAUUCCUGCGUGCGGCGCAGGAGGUGGAUUCGGUACCGGAGAUACAAAUCGCGAGAUUGCUGGGCAAAGAUUCCGUCACAGGAGGAUCCCAGACAGCUGCCGGAUCCUUUCAAUGAUCUCUCGGUUGGCGGAUGGGAGAUCACAGACGAACCCGCAGGGCGGUUGUCUGUCUGGGCCGUCAGUUUGCAAGGAAAGGUCUGGUACAGAGAGAACGUCUGCCACCAAAAUCCCGAAGGCUCUUCAUGGUUGUCAGUAGGAACCCCCGGGGAAGUCGUUCAGAUCAGCUGCGGGCCGUACGAUCUCCUCUGGGCGACUCUUUGGGAAGGGCAGGCGAUCGUGAGGGAAGGGGUCGACAGGAGCAACCCUCGAGGGGUCUCAUGGACAAUUGUGGAGCCGCCAGUCGCCGAGAACGGCAUUUCGCAUGUCUCCGUGGGCGUGAAUGUGGUGUGGGCAGUUACCAAAGACAAUAAAGUCUGGUUCAGAAGAGGGGUCAAUUCGCACAACCCCUGCGGCACCAGUUGGAUCGAGAUGGUUGGGGAGAUGAUGACGGUGAACGUGGGUUUGAAUGACCAGGUGUGGGGGAUCAGCUGCGAGGACCGGGCGGUUUAUUUCCGGCAAGGAGUCACCCCGAGCGAGCUGAGCGGGAAAGCCUGGAAGGCGAUUGUUUGCGGCCGAGACACCGAUCGCUCUCAGACCGGGAGUUCGACGAGUCUCCUCAGUGCUGGCUGCUUUUUCACGGAUGAUAUCAAGGAGCAAGGGGGAUCUUCCUUCCGGAAUGACGGAGAUCUUCCGUCCGACACGGAGGCACCCUUGGCCAUCGCCAACACUUGCAUUCCCGGCCUCGCUGGCAGCGGUGACGGAAACAACGAGGACAGCCAGGCGGCAGACUCCCAGGAAACCCCGGCUGCGGAUCCCGCGCCCACCCCUCCUGAAGAAGCCGGCCCCGCUUCAGAAGAAAGCCUCGCAGCCGACCCGGAGGAACCCCCCUCGGAUCCGGAUUCCCGCCCGGCGGAGUUACAGUGGACCAACAUCGACUUGAAGGAAGCCGGCAAGGCCCCCGCGCUGUCCGCCGGCGCCUUGGCGGAGACGUCCAGCCUGUCCUCCUUCGGCACGCUGCCGCCCGGCGUGGAGGAUCGUUACGGGACCGACGAGCAUCCGCUGUGGGCCUGGGUCUCCGGCGGAGGCUGCCUGGCGGACUCGCACACCUCCCUGAAGUGGUUCGCGAUACAGUCAGGCUUAUCCUCCGUGGGGCAGUCCCUCUGCCUGUCCAUCACCCCAGCGCAAACCGCGGUGUGGCGCAAGCAGAUCUUCCAGCAGCUCGCCGAAAGAACCCGGCGGGAAUUGGAGAGCUUCCGACACUACGAACAGGCCGUCGAGCAGUCGGUAUGGGUCAAAACGGGCACCCUGCAAUGGUGGAGAACCUGGAAGCCGUACAAGUGGAUCGACGUCCGGGUGGCCCUGGAGCAGUUCACGGGGAGCGACGGGACCCGCGACAGCAUCCUUUUCAUCUAUUACGUGCAGAUGGAGGAGAAGAAAUAUCUCCACGUGUUCCUCAACGAAGUCACCAUCUUGGUCCCGAUCCUGAACGAGGCCAAGCAUUCCUUCGCCCUCUACACCCCGGAAAGGACUAAGCAACGCUGGCCGAUCCGACUCGCGGCUGCCACCGAACAGGAAAUGCACGAUUGGCUGGCUCUACUGAGCAUAUCCUGUUGUGAAAGCCGGCGGAUCCAGGGCCCUCCGUCUCCUCAAGCCAUUUGGUCGGUGACCUGCAAGGGAGACCUGUUCGUCAGCGAGCCGACGCCCGACCUGGAGUCCACGGCACAGCCAUUGCCGUGCGACCAGAUGUUCUGGCGGCAGAUCGGAGGACAUCUCCGUGUGAUUGAAUCCAACAGCCAUGGAAUAGUGUGGGGCGUGGGGUACGACCACACAGCCUGGGUCUAUACCGGAGGAUACGGCGGUGGUUUCUUUUCAGGCUUGGCAGACGGCGGUGAUAACGUUCACGCCCAGUCGGAUGCGAAGAACGUCUAUAUUUACGAGAACCAGCGAUGGAAUCCCGUUACGGGGUACAGCAGCAGGGGGCUGCCGACCGAUCGGUACAUGUGGAGCGACGCGUCCGGCCUGCAGGAGUGCACGAAGGCGAACACCAAGCCCCCGUCGCCGCAGUGGUCGUGGGUAUCCGACUGGUCCAUCGAUUUUAGCGUUUCGGGAGGCACUGAUCGUGAAGGCUGGCAGUACGCGGCCGACUUUCCGGCGUCUUACCAUGGACACAAAACGAUGAAGGACUUUGUGCGGCGGAGGCGAUGGGCCAGGAAAUGUAAAAUUGUCACCAGCGGGCCUUGGCUGGAAGUCCCUCCCAUAGCCUUAUGGGACGUCUCCAUCAUUCCAGAGUUGCCCGGCACCGAACAAGAAUGCGUUGCUCUCUGGGCCAUUAGCGACAAGGGGGAUGUGCUCUGCCGACUGAACGUCACUCCUCUGAACCCAGCGGGUUCUUCUUGGCUGCACGUGGGGACCGACCAGCCGUUCAUCUCAGUAUCCAUCGGAGGGUUCUACCAGGUCUGGGCCGUUGCUCGAGAUGGCUCUGUGUUCUACCGUGGUUCCGUCUCGCCGCAGAAACCAGAAGGGGAUUGCUGGUACCAUAUUCGCGCUCCUCCAAAGCAGAAAAUAAAACAGGUUUCUGUCGGACGGACCGCCGUGUUCGUGGUGGAUAAAAAUGGUAAUCUGUGGUAUCGUCAGGGAAUCACACCGAACUAUCCACAGGGAUCCAGCUGGGAACACAUUUCGAACAAUGUCCGGAAAGUUUCCGUCGGGCCUUUGGACCAGGUCUGGGUGAUAGCUGACAAAGUCCAGGGGAGUCACAGCCUGAGUUGCGGGACCGUCUGUCACCGGACCGGAGUCCAACCGAUGGAGCCGAAAGGGCAGUCCUGGGACUACGGCAUUGGGGGAGGAUGGGACCACAUUACUGUCAGGGGGAACGCUACUGAAAUCUCCAAAAGGAUAUCCCAGGAAACCGUGGUGGAGCCUUUGGUUGAACCCAACGAUUCCGAAGCCGGAGGGAAUGAAGAAAGAGGAGACCCUCCUCAGUCCACGCUCUUGGUGGAUGAAGACCCAGGGGUGGACAGAAAUGCCGUUCAUUGUUAA